CAUCAUUGAAGAAUAAUAAACCCUAAAUUCCUUUGGAGUACGAAGGUACUCGAAGACCUUCUCUUUCCGUAUCAUUGUGCUCUCGUUGAGAGACAUGACCGACGCAUCGCCCACGACCACUGAACUCGACGCUAGGGUUCGGGAUAUGGGACACGCCAUGGUGCAGAUGCAAAGGGACCUUGAGUUCCGUUUCCAGCGGCUGGACGCCGCGCUGACCACCAUCCAGACGGCCGUCACAACCAUCCAGCAUGUAGGAGGAGGCGGCGGCAGGACGAGACGGCAGCUUGACCACCACGACGGCAACCGGGGAGGAGGGUAUCAGACUCCGAAACCAAAACUGGAGCCGCCCAAGAGUGAUGGUUCGGAGCCGCUACGAUGGUUGUAUCAAGUGAAAGAAUAUUUCGCCUACUACGAAACACCACCGGAAGAUCGGUUGCGCUGUGUUACGAUGAUGUUAGAAGGGCCAGCCGCUGACUGGUUCCGUUGGAGGCAGAACAACGGCCUGAUCGACGGUUGGGAGGACUUUGUACGCAAGUUCAAACUCCGGUUCGACCCUCUCCAUUAUGUUGAUUAUGUCGGCCAAUUAGCUCGUGUCCGCCAAGUAGGGGGAGUCAUGGAAUACCAGGCCGCGUUCGAGAAAGUUCUAGCCCACGUCACCGAGGUACCCGAACCCUACUUAAAAUCCCUAUUCCAUGCAGGCUUGAAAAAUCACCUUCAACAUGAGAUAAGUCUGCUCAAACCAGCCACGUUGUCGGAAUCAUUCGCACUGGCCAGGGAACUGGAGACAAAACAUCAGGCCCUCGUUCAAUCUGUCGGAAUGAAAACUGCGUCAUGGGCCCCCAACUCGAACCGCAGCAACCCUAGUCGUGCGAUGUCCGAGGGUGGUGGUCCCAAAGUGGUGAGAUACAAAGUCUAGAGGGGGGGUGAAUAGACUUUGUUAAAAAUUUAAAAUUUUUUUUCGUUUCUUUUGAAAAAGUGAAAAUGAGAGUUAAUCUAGAGUUCUUGUGAACUUUAGAUUUUGUGCGGAAUUUAGUGGGUAGAGUGAGCAGUAAUCAAUAUGGAUGGGUUAG